UUGAGCGGACUAGUACUCCUAGCACAACGCCACAACAGUAGUCCCAGGAAAGAAACCAGCGUCUCGCCGGCCGGAUGCAGCGCCGUACCAGCAUGUCGUCGCGACCGAAGGCGGAGCACAGCGUCGACGUUGAUCCGGACGCGGAGACCCAGUCCGGGCUGGGCUUGGACGCGUCGCCGACCAACCUCGCCGCUGCUGGGCACGCAGAGCUCGGUGUCCAUGGUGCGUCGCUGGCGGAGCACAGCGUGGACGUCGAUCCGGACGCGGAGACCCAGUCCGGACUGGGCUUAGGCGCGCCACUGCCAGACCUCGUCGCUGCUGGGCACGCAGACCUCGGCGUCUAUGAUGCGCCGCAGGCCGAGCACGACAUGAAGGUCGCUCCCGACGCGGAGACCCAGGCCGAGCACGACGAAUCCUUGAAGACAGGGUUCUCCGGCAUACUAGCGGGUUCUAGGAAAACGCCUGCACCGGCGUACACGCCCGGAAAGACCGAGGCGUAGCUGGCCUUGCCCGCAGCCGGCAUGACCAAGACCUGGCCGGCCUUGCCCGCGGCCGUUGCUCCCUUCUUCUUCGCCAUGAACUUGCAGCUCUGGUGGUAUGUUAAGAUCGAAAGGAAGCAUAGCUCGAUGACUUUGUGGUUGGAG